UCAACCUGGGGAGAAAGUAAGAAGGGCCGCUUCAAGCGCCCUCUGGAUUUUCAAAGGAAAAUCUCUCAUAGCCAGUUCAGAUCUGACAAGCGCUUCCCUGCUGGGUCCGAUGGAUGCGCAGCACACGCGAAGGAGGAGCGAAGCCAAAGACCCUAGAUCUUCUACAACAGAUCUGAACGUUGCUCUCAAUGAAUGUAUGGUAGCCGUGAAUUUAUUUCUGAAUAACAAGUUCCAAGAUGCCCUUGCUUCUCUACAAACUAAAAGAAAGGAUAGCAUGUAUCAUGCUCUGACCUAUGCUACCAUUUUGGAAAUUCAGGCCAUGAUGACUUUUGACUCCAAGGACAUAUUGAAUGCUGGAAAUACAAUGGAAGAAGCUCAAGUUAUAUGUCAGAAAAGAGUUGGAGUUGGCUUGACAACUGUCAUGAUGUGUGACCAUAAUAGACAGCUUUCAUUACGUCAUAAGUUGAGGACUACCCAUAACAGGUAUGAAACUUACAAAGUGAAGAAAAGUAGCAAGGGUAUUGAAGAGUAUCUUUCAAGAGUAUUGAAGAAAAAGACAGGUGAUGUUUUGAGUUGA